AUGUUCCGCAAGGCGCGGCGCGUGAACGUGCGGAAGCGGAACGAGUCUGAGGAGGACGACGAAGAGCGAGACGAGUCGCCGCCUCAGCAGCAACAGCCGCCGGCGCCGCCGCCAGGAGAGGAUGGGCCUUCUGGAGAGGCCGACCUGCUGCCGGGUCCGAAGCCGCCGCUUCUGCCGCUCCCGACGGGCUGCGUCCCCCUAGCUUGUCCCGGUGGCGGCAGCGGCGGCUUCGGUUUCGGCGGCCCUGAAGCGGCCGGCCGGGGCGGCGGUGCCGGCUUGACGGCCCCGCAGCUCCAGCCGCCGCCGCCUGUUCUUAUCCCUCCCCCGCCACCCCCUUCGCAACAGACGCCCCCCGGGAACAACGGGCUGGUGCCGGCGGCUUCUAAGCUGAAGGAGCGGAAGAACAAGAACAAGGAGGAGCUGCCGCCGCCGCCACGCGGGAGCCUCAGCCUCCUCAGCUUCCAAGAUGAAGAAGAAGGUGAGCGAGCCUAGCGGGCGCCCUCGUCUCCACUCCCUCGGCCGAGGCCUAGCUGCUCCCGCUGCCCGACCCUCGCUGCCGUUCGCCUUCUCCACCCCGCUUUGCCUCCCCAGUCAUUUGAAACUCGGUUGCUUCAGGCGGGGAGGCUUUCCCGUCCCCCGCCUUCCUCCGGCCUUCGCUAGCUUACAACCUACCUGCCAUAUGGCAAAGCGCUUCCGCUUAGGCUGCACUGCCUACACCGCGUGCACAUCUUGCUGCGUUACGCUAUAUAUGUGGAAUUCGUCGCAGCUCAGAACUAUGGAGAUUAUUCAGUAGCGGAGUAGAAAAUAGGUGCGCUUCCGAUCGGGUACAGAUGUCACAUGUUGGCUUGAAAAUGAAAUAUUGGGGAGAAAUCGGUAAAAUGGCCGCGGGAGAUAUUGAGAAUGGCCUCCAUUUCUCUCUCCCCCCCCCCACAUUCACACACAUGACAUACAUAUAUGCAUAUGUCAUAUUACAUUCAUGUGCUUCAUUGUAAACAUACAUUAAGCAUGCAUACGUUCUACUGAGUUAUUGUAGGGAAGCCCCAAAGAUAUAUCUCAGAGAGGUUUUGAAAUGAGGCAUUUUGUACCAUGGUGUGAUGAAAGUAAGUGCAUAGUAUGAAAGAGUUACAUGUUUCAGUUGCAGCUCUUAAUUUUAAACAUGUACAGAAGUGGGUGGGGAUCUAAUUCUUCACUGAUCCAUGCAUUGUUAGAGGGAAAAGCCACAUGCAGAGAUAGUCUUGCAUGAAAACCGGGUCAUAAAUUUCAGUCAUCACUGGCAGUUCUAUUUCUGACCAAAAUAAAUUUGCAGCCAAUAAGUCCUGUUCCCAGAACAACACUGUCAGUCUGUACUAAAUUAAUUGCAUGAAUAAUUUUGUCUGCCAACUUGGUGCUACUGCUUCCUUAUUAAUGUUAGAGGAGCACUGAGAGACUGCAAAGAUAGCAAGGUAUAUUGAGUUUAAAUCAGCAAAAAAAGGAGUCAAUUUAAAUUAUUGGAUGUAAAUCAAUUUUCCUAUUGAUAUCUUUGAUAUAAUUUAAUAUAUUUCAUUGACAGUGGUGCAAAUCCAACCACUGUACCUUGUUAAUUUACAAACAGAUAUUGUUUUGUUUGUAUAACCAAACUUUGCAUUUCUGUAUACAUAUUAUAUACGUUCCUAUUUUUUUUACCUAGAGAGGGAAUGUUUUUAAAAUAUUCCCAUGUAGGGGUCUGUCUUACACCAGUACUCAUGACAGUUUGUGAACAGUGUGAUUCUAUACAAGCCUAGUCAGUAAUAAGUCUGGCUAUUUGUGGGUAGGGGGCUAACACUCAAGCAGCAAUCCUAUAACCACUUACCUCUGAGAAAGUCUCAUUUAAUUCAAUGGGAUUAACUAUUGAGUUGGCACAUCGGGUUGUGCUGUUGGCAUGGGAAUAUAGCAGGGAUUGGAAACCUGAGGCCCUCCAGAUGUUACUGGACUACAGCUUCCAUCAUCCAUGACCAUUGGCUGUGGUGACUGAGCUUGAUGUUAUUUAACAUUUAGAGGGUCACAGGUUUCCCAUCCUUGGAGUAUAAAAAUAUGCACACUGUCUUGUCUUUUAAGUGUUGCUCAUUUCUGCUUGAUAUUCUGUCUUGGCCCAACCCCAUCCGCACAAAAACAAAGUAGCCAACAAUUAAAUGUCUAUGAAAAGAGGAUAUGGAAUUCCUGUAGUGGAAUUUCAUCUGGCCACCCUGUGAAAUGUUGAAGCAAGUUUUGAUAGUUGCCGGGGCAAACUAGAGCAGUUUGUUUUCCUCUAAUAAAAAUGAAACAUCUUUGUUUGAUAAAUACUCAAGAAUAGCUUUAUAGUAGGAAGCUGCCUAUAUAGCCCAAUAUGGUAUAUGACAUCUUUUUCUUUGAGUUUCCUCCCCUCUGGAAAUUAGGCAGGUGGAGAGUGUACUUUAUAUUUUUCAAUGGCUUAUAUCCUAUGUUUUUGUCAUAAAAAACAUUCAGAGUCACUCACAACAUAAAGAAAAACGGUUGGAUAAAUAAAAAAAGUAAAACACCAGAAGCAGCAGCUAAAAUAUCAGAAUUUCAGGAAAUGCAGGUUAUAACAGAGAUUUCAAAAACUAAAAGCUGUUAGAACAGAAAGUUCUUAGUCUUCCUUUAAUAUAACAUUUUGGAGGUAACCAGUCAAAUCUUUCGUACUGUUGGGAACAAAUGUAUUCAUCAGAGCUCCAAAAUAAACAGUGAUAUUGUAGGUAGGACACUGAACUGAAACAAACUUGUGUGAUAACUUAUGUAGUACUCAAGUUACUAUGCUAAAAGCCAGACAUGAACUUUGGACAAUUUGACAUUGAUUUGGUUUAUCUACAUAGAAGUUUUCAAAUGUGUGUUUUGCUGGACCUCCUUAAUGACUUUUUUUGAAAAUGAUGUUUUACACUUGGGAAUUAAUCUUUAAGAACACAUCAAUUAUGAAGGAUGCAGCCAAGUGUAUAUUUCCCUCUAAUAAAAGAUAUACAAAUAUGGUUCUCAGUUACAACUUAAAUAUAUUUUAAAGGAUAGCUUGCUAUUUAUAUACAUCCUUCAUAAGUGACAUUACAUGCAUUGGUUUUGUAUGCAUGUUUCUGUACUCGACUGAAAGACUAUUGUAAAGAGUACUCCUAUGGAAACAAGCACAGCCCUUGUCUAGAGGCCUGUGGGUAAAUAGAAUUAAGAAAUGGUAAUGUGUGGGUUAGGAAAGCAAAAGUAUUCAUUUGCAAAAGUAUGUGUUGACUUAAGGAUUGCCUUGACGGGGCGGGGGGGAGCCCUGUAAAUUUAAUUUCAAAGAAGAAUGUUUAAUUUCAAAGAAGAACGUUGCUCUAGGACAUGUCAAUACACCCUACCCUUACAUGUAGUGAACAAAACGGCUUAUUAAUCUGCAGGUGUCCAAUUUUGGAACUUAAAAUUAUAUUUACCUAUUUUGUAUUCUGGUGUUCUGUUUUCUAUGAUUUGGUUUAAGAUUCUUUAUGAAGAAUUGUAAAUAAUAAAAUUUAGUUAUUAAAAGUGCCUUUUAAUUAUGAGCAUGUAGCCUUUAAGAAGAGCAUCCAACAAAGAGUUUAAAAGAAUUACAUUAAAAGUGUAUAUAUAUAUAUUGCACCUCAGGUGCUAUGGGUAUUGUUUUGCUAUUGGACCUCUUGGAAUUCAUUCUUGCAACAAAUUAGGACUUGUGGUAUUGGGAUAGCACAGGAGCUGUGGGUUGGGUUUUCCCAUUGUAAGGAUUAGCUGUUGUGAAAAACAAACUGGGUUUGUUGAUUUAGUCAAGUUAAAAUGAUGGAUUUAAUAUAUUUUAAUGCACUAUAUAACACCUUUUAUAUAGCUGAAGAGACAGUCACUGUUUUGCCGAUUUGUAAUUUCUCUCAUUUAUGCUUAUUUUUUUCUCCUAAAGAAGCAGAAGAAGUUUUUAAAGUGAAGAAAUCAAGUUAUAGCAAGAAGAUAGUAAAGCUUCUUAAGAAAGAAUACAAAGAAGACCUUGAAAAAUCGAAGACAAAACCAGAAACCAAUUCUUUAGCCGAUGGUAAUCUUUAUCUUGAAAUUAUAGCUGAAAAGGAAAUGUUAUGCUUAAAUAUUUAUAUGCCAGCUUUCAACUAGUUGAGUGUGGUUUACAAAGUGAAAAUAUGUAGCUAUAGUAAACUACAUAGUAAAAACAACUGAUGGAUGAAAACAGAGUAGUUGAACAAUAUUGUCUAAUGCCUAAAAUACUUUAAAAGCUAGGGAAAAUAAAACAGUUGUUUCUUGGUGCUGAAAAGAAAUCAGUGUUGGUGCUAGGCAAAGUUUCCUGGGAAGGGAUUUCAACAGAGAACUAACUUUAAAAAUGAAUAAAAAGUACAGGGGUAGUUGAUAAUGGUAGGAACUAAAUUUAAGUUUCAAAUAAUAUAGGAUCAAUAAGCAGUGCUUUUUUUCUGGGGGGACACGGGUAUGCAUACCCCUAAACAUUUUGUGAAUCUAAGUUUGGCCUCAUUGAGGGACAGUAUUUCAAUAUGAGUAGGAAAAUGAGAGUACCCCUAAACAUUUUUUUAGAAAAAAAGCACUGGCAAUAAGCAACCAGAGUACCAAGUACCAAUUAAAUAUGUAGAUGUUCAAAUAAAGUACGGUUCAGAUUAAUCAAAAUUUCAUCAGCUCUAAGAUGCAGAGUUCUUAACCUAAUUUAAGGUAUGUUAAUAACCUAAAUAACGUUUCUUAUUAAGCUUCACGUUUUAGUUCAGCUUUUCCUACACGUGCUUUCCCCAACCUUUUAAGGAACAGUUGAAAUCAAAUUAAUAUUUCAUAUUUGUCAAUUAUUUCACUGUACUUUCUAGUUCCAAAAUUCAUUAGUUUUGGUCACAUCUGUGAACUGCACAGGGCUAUUAUCUCAGGUGUAUAUCAUGUGAGUUUCUAAAAAAACAGUUAAAAUAAUUUUUCCAAAACAAUACUUCAAGAGCACACUUUUUUUUUUGCAGCUGAACAGUCUGCUGACAAGACAGGACAGAUUAAAGAUGCAAUUCAAGAAGAUGGGGCUGCAAACAGUGAACAAGGAGAAGAGGAGAUGGAAGUUGAAAGUGAGAAAGAAGAAGAAAAGCCAAAAGCUGUAGGAGCAUUUUCAAGUACUUUGUCUUCUCUGAAUGUUCUGCGUCCAGGUUAGUGUAUUUUUUCUCAGGAGGAGGCUAUCCUGAGAUGAAUUCUUUGCCUUUCUCAUUCCAUAGGCAGGGCUGUGUCAAUCAGUGUAGUUGGAUGACACCCCAUCACAGUUCCAGUUCCGUUAUCUUCACAGCAUGGGGGGCUUUUUGGAGCUGUUGCUCCUUUCUACUUCAGAGACCAGGUAUUUUUAGCUGGCCUUUUAAGUUGAAAUUAGGGGAAAGGGAAACCAAUUCAUUAUCUUAAUUAGAUCACUUUUUAUUAAUACCUUAACAGAAUAUUUAGAUUUGAUUUAGUUUAUGUAAUUGAUCGGCUUCCAUCUUUGAAUAUCUAUUUAAAAGUCAUAGUCCAUCUUAAUCUUCUUUGACAAAUUUUUCUUGUCGACUUCUGUUUCAUGAAUUAUUUAGAACUAAUUCUGGCUUAGUAAAUUUGAUUCUGUUGGUCUUAUUUACUACUUCAGAUUCUACUUAAUUGCAUUUUCUUCCGAUCACAGGAAAUUAGCAGCCUGUGGUGGAUGUGAUGUGCCUUUUCUUGGAGAUCUUGUUCUGUCUAAGCAUGUUGAAAGCUUUACAUUUUCUUUUUCUUAUUUUGUCUUUAUCUGAUAAAGCACUAAUCUCAGCAAUGUGGCUACUCGUACAAUAUUCAGAUAUUGUUAUACUUCUACAUAACCACGGAGUUGAAAGUACUGCUGCAGCAAGCCUUGCUGCAUCAACUCUCUCUUCAAUAAAGCCAGGUGGGAUGGCUGCAGGGAAGAAAUAUUUGGAGGAGAGCUGGAUAGCAGAUUAUCCCAGCCUGGUUGAGGGAGUAGGUCAUGAUGUCUUGCCUGUGCCUCUGUUGCAGCCAGUUGGAACGCAGGUGGAACUGUAGCAUGUGAACACACGAUUGAAUAUAACUGAUGGCUUUUUAAAAGCACAUUCAUUUUUUUUCUAGGAGAAAUUCCAGAUGCUGCUUUUAUUCAUGCUGCUAGGAAAAAGCGCCAAAUGGCUCGUGAGCUUGGGGACUUUUUGCCACUUGACAGUGAUCCAGGGAAAGGGCGCCUUGUUAGAGAAGAUGAAAAUGAUGCCAGUGACGAUGAAGAUGAUGACGAGAAGCGAAGAAUAGUCUUUUCUGUGAAAGAGAAGUCCCAAAGGCAAAAAAUUGCAGAGGAAAUAGGUAAAAUGAUGAAAAGUUGCAAUAAGUUCCAAAUGCUCUGCUGUUGCUAUUAAAAGUGUUUGGCGUAAAUUGUUUUCAAAAACUGUAUUUUCAGUGGCUUAAUAGUAUAAUGUAAUAGUGAGGUUGCAUGUUAUAAAUUCAUUGGUAGUUAUAGUAAACAGUUUGGCUUGGAUCUAAAGCUUGAAUGAAAAUCCAGUUGCACAGUUAGGCUUUCCCUCUGCCUCCUUGCUGAAGCUCCCUGCAACCUCCAAAAACAUUGCUGAGGCUCAGGUAUUGUCUAGCAUAUGGCAUGGGGAAUGCAUCAGGAGUGGAGAUGGAUUUGGGGAAAUCAUCAUGCACAAAUGGAAGUGCCUUUCCAGUUAUACAGUGUACUUUCGGUCAUUGUAGCUGCAUAUCGGAGUAUGAAUGAGAAUGAGGAGGAGCCUGUGGUCAAUCAUAGUACAACUAAAAAUGACAAAAUACCUGUUUCUGAUAUAUGUCACUGUUGCAAGUGUUUAUCCACAAUUUUGUUGUUCUUCUGCAUUAAUCUGUGAUUUUAAGAAAUACAAAAACAUGUAUUUUCAUUCAUAUUUUGAUAAGUUUAAACUACUGUGAACUCUGCCACAACUUUAAGAGAAGUGCAAAAUCUGGCUGAUAGCUGAGUUCCAGUCUUCUCAUUAGUGCACAGGGUGCAGAGCCGGUUACAGUGGUGCCCCGCAAGACGAAUGCCUCGCAAGACGGAAAACCCGCUAGACGAAAGGGUUUUCCGUUUUUGAGUUGCUUCGCAGGACGAAUUUCCCUAUGGGCUUGCUUCGCAAGACGAAAAUGUCUUGCGAGUCUAGAGAUUUUUUUUUCGCUUUCCCCCCCCCUUUAUCUAAUCUGCUAAGCCUUUAAUAGCCUUUAAUAGCCUUUUAGCAGCUAAUCCCAUAAGCCUUUAAGCCUUUAAUAGCCGCUAAACCGCUAAUAGCGCUAAUCCGUUAAGCCGCUAAUAGGGUUGCUUCGCAAGACGAAAAACCGCUAGACGAAGACUCUCGCGGAACGGAUUAAUUUCGUCUUGCGAGGCACCACUGUAUUUUGUACAGGAAUUUGCAAAAAUCUUCUUUCCUCAAACAUACUUAGGUACACCGCAGUUCACUCAACAGAAUAUGAAGUAGGGGCACAUGCCCCCAUAUUGAGAUUCCCUCAGAAACAGGGCUACAUGUUUGCUUUUUUCAUUAAAGGCAUGGAAGCUUUAGAAAACUCAAAUACAGUAUUCAAUAUGCCAUUAUUUAGUGUGUGCUAUUCCUACUGAUUGUUAUGUUUUUGUGCUCAGGUAUCGAAGGAAGUGAUGACGAAGCCCUGAUUGCUGGGGAACAGGAUGAAGAACUCAGUCGAUGGGAGCAAGAACAGAUACGUAAAGGCAUUAAUAUACCUCAGGCAUGUAUUAAAGCAAUUCUAAAAUUGUAGUAGCAAAUGUUGACCCUUUGGCUAAAUAAAGCUCCUGAUUUGUCAUCUUACCCCCAACUGCCAGUGCUAGAGGGGAGAAAAGAGGUGUAGAUACCUGUGACAUAGAGAUUUGACAGCUAAGUUCUGGGGCUGACCUUGUCCUGACCCAUUAUUCUUUACUACUUGAACAGGCCUACUGGUACAUGACCAGGGUUUGAUGAAACAUGGGUUAGAUCUAAUCUAACAUCUAGGUUAUAUUACUGGAGUGUGUUAUACAUGGCACUGCUUCAGAAGAAGGUUUGGAGACUUCAAAUGGUGCAGAAUUUUGCGGCCAGGUUGCUCACCUGGGCAAAACAGUUUGUCCAUAUAAUACCAAUCCUAAUCUGGAUGCAAAUUAGUUUCCAGGUCCAAUUCAGAGUGCUAGUUUUGACCUAUAAAGCCUUAAACAGGUCAGGACCACAACUGAGAGGUGAGAGGUAAAUAGAGGAUCUGACAGUUGUGGCAAUAGGACUGGUUGGCAGUGCACUUUAAAGAAUAGAAGAAGGGACCUCCAUUCUCCUCCUCCCAUCAUAAAAGUGCCCCUUCAGUAAAACAAUUUGCAUACCAGAAAUGUAAGCAUAGCUGAAAGGAUGAAUUAUCCAAGCAAAUCUUCCCUGUUUUAUCAUUGAGUAAUGAAUGUUUUGAGGUGUUUCUUUCCUUGAUAAGCACUUGUGUGCAAAUGAAACAUAUACAUGGACAGGUAGAAUUUAAGAUAUAAUUUCUAAAAAUUGCCUGUUGGACUGAAUUAGCUUUGUGACCUUGCUUUUGUAAUAAGGUUUACACAUAUUUUGUUCCUAUAGGUUCAAGCAAGUCAACCUGCUGAAGUGAAUAACCUGUACUACCAGAAUACUUACCAUACAAUGCCUUAUGGUUCAUCUUACGGCAUUCCUUACACAUAUGCUGCUUAUGGAUCAUCGGAGACAAAAUCUCACAAAACAGAUAAUACAGUACCUUUCAAAACUCCCAGUAAUGAGAUGACUCCUGUUACUAUUGAUUUGGUAAAGAAACAGCUUAAAGACAGGUAGGGCACACCAACUUCUUAAAAUUUAAGACCUGUCCUCUAGGUUCAGUCUGGGGGGCAGAUGCAGAAUUUCAUCAAUGGAAGCCCAUACAUCCUCAUUAAAAAAGGAAGAAAACAAACUGUUCAAAAGGCUGCUUGGAUUACUUCUCUGGAAAUGACCAUUUGAUCAUGUUGAAGAUUGGUACAUGAAAAGAAUGGACACUGAAAACUAAUUUUGUAGCCAAGGGAUUGAAAGAACAGUAAUACUUAGCUUACCACAUUAUAUUUUUAUGGGAAGUAUAAAUCAUUCUUUUCUGAAUAGGUAGACAUUUUAGACAAAGGCUUAACAUUACGUUUUUAGAAGUUUUAAAUGCUGUAACAUUUACUGAAAAUUGGAAAUAACGUGGAUUAACUGAGCAGUUGCAUGUGCUUCUUACUAUAAGCAUGUAUCGUAAUGGCUUGAAGGUGAGUCAGAUUAAUAGAUAAAUAAUGACACCUUUAAUCUAAGGUUAAGUAUUUGAGUUAGCAAGUUCUUAAUGUUAAGGUCAGAGAAAUUGUUGUGCGCUUCCCAUUUCUGUUGAGAGCAACUGGGAUUCAGGAUACUGAGUAUGCAGAGGGAAAUGUGGUUAUAUAAUAAAUACCCUGUAUAUAGCAUAAGGAGCCAUAUAAACCGGGGUGCUUUAUGUACAUAAUAUGUACAUAGGAUUCAAACACAAUUCAGAAAUGAGGUAAAACUGACUAAAGAAACAGCCACUUUUGUGUGUGGUUGGUAGAGGGUACACCAAGGAUCCCUGGGUAUACUAUGCAUUAGCUGGAAGAAGAAAUAAAAGUAGCAUAUGUAGUGAGUGUGCAGGGUGCUUUUGGAGUAGAGAAAGAUGUAAUGCACUCUCCUACUAGGUGGAAAGCUUUGGGUUUAUGAAUGUUGGGGAGGGUUGGAAAAGCACAGAUUUCUGGGGUGGGGUAGUGUGAGGAUGGAGAAACUGACCUCCUUGGACCACCAGCCUGUGUAUGGGCAGAGGUCAGUAGAGAUGACCAAUAACACCUAGAAGGCCACAGUUUCCUCAUCUCUUUAAAGCUGUCAAUACAGCUUUAAAUGUUGUUUCUUGUAGUUUUCUUUACUAUAAGAAAAAUAUUGCAUGUAUACUGUAGGUUACAGUAUGCUUUGGGAUGUAAACGUGCAUCCAUUGACAUUUAGGUUGGACUCAAUGAGAGAAUUUCACAAAGCAAAUCAGCAGCAACAUGAGAAGCAUCUGCAAAGACGUGAUGAGUCUACCAAGGCAAUCGAAAGAUUGGAAGGGUCUUCUGGGGGUGUUGGUGAACGGUAUAAAUUUCUGCAAGAAAUGCGAGGGUAUGUCCAAGACUUGCUUGAGUGUUUCAAUGAAAAGGUAAGAAUGCAAAAUAUAUUCAUCUUUUUCAGUAACGAAGUUUAGUAUGUGCUCAGUUCUCUUGUACAUGCCAAUGAAACACUCGGCACAUGUUUGAAGGUUUGGUUUUAAAUGUGGUGAAAACAAUGUAAGUCAUUGUUGGAAUACAACAGCGUUGGCAUUCAGGUUGUGAUGCCACCUUUCUCAUUCUUAGAAGCAUUUUAUUUCUGAAAACCAUUGUAGUUCUCAAUGAUGACUCAGAUUCUGGUUGUUUAAUUUGCAUUUCCCGGUUCCCAGCAUAAGAACCCAACAACACUUGAGACCUACAUAAGGAUUCUACAGACCAGUUUCUUCGCAGCCAGGUUUGGUUAAGGAAGGACACUUAAAGCCCAGGUUUCCCCAUGGCAUAUUGGAAACCCAGGCCAGUUUCAUAGGAAGAAUAUACUGUUUUUAAAGCAAGGUUUGAAAAAAGCAGUUUAUCUUGCUGAUAAGUGUCAAGUGCCAGGUACCCUUUCGUUACAAAGUGUUGUACUUUUAAAUUGGAUUUCAGGCAGUUCUUUACUAAUCUGUACUGCAACUUGCCUUUCCUAGAACUGGAAGGAUGUAUUUAAAAAAUACAUUUUAAAAAAUUGUUGGGAUUGAGCUUCAAUCCCAUGCACAUUCAACCUGGAGUAAGCCUCCUGGAAUUCCAUAGGACUGAUUAACUUGGCAUCAGUUUGCACCAAGUUUAGGAUGAAUUUCCUGUUUCUACUGUUUCAUCUUUAAAAAACUAAACAUAAAUGAAUUAGAUUUCUUUUAAACUUUCCUGUGGAGAUAAUUUGCUAUUGAUUAUGUCAUAUUGUAAGCUAUCUAGUAAGGGACGAGACCACUUGUGCACUGUAACGUGCCAUGGACAUUGGUGGCACCAUAUAAAAAAAUAAGUUCAGUAUCUGUGUUAAUCUGUAAAUAAUAAACCUCCUGGUGCAAAUAAUUUGGAAACUCAGUAAUCUGAAGGUAAAGUACCAGAAGAAAAUCCAAGGCUUGGAAAAUAUUGUGCAGUUACAACAUAAGCAAGUUCAUUAUAAUCAGGAAAACAGAUGGCCAUUCAACCUCUGCUUAACUAUGACUAUGGAGUUGGUUCCAUAGUCAAACAGCUCUUACUUUUAUUAAGAUAUUGAUGUUCAGUCAUAAUCUGCUGUCUUGUAACUUGAAUAGGGCCCUAGCCCCCAGAGCAGGAGAAAGCAAUCCAUUUAAAUAAACAAGUAUCAAAGUCUCAGAAUGUUUUGUUUUGUUUUUAGAUUUUGGUAGAAAUGUAAGCUGCAAUGGUUUUGGAGUUGUUGGUGGAAGUGUAAACUUCAGAUAACUUAUUUUAAUGCUUAUUAGAAGUUUUAUUUCCAUUUUUAUUCUGUAUUCCUGUAACAGAUUGGUCCCACUAAUUGAGCCAGUAAACCUUCAGUUAAAUCAUGAAGCAGUAGGUUUGGACACCAAGAGGGAGGCGAAUCGGAUAUUUGAUAUGCAGUAUACAACAAUCAGCCAGUCUUUCCCUUACCCUUGCAUUUCCCUGUAUCUCCCUGGAAAGUUUUUUUAAAAAAUGUAGUUAGUUGCUUAGGCUUGGAUCUAAAGGUAUAGUUGUGAAAAUCAAAGGCUCAUGCCCCUGGUCAGCCCCUGGUUUUUCAGGAUUUCCAUCCUCCCUACUUCAACACUCAGCAUCAUAAGCCAUACUGUCCCAGAGGUUCCCCCAGUCUUAUAAGGAGACUUUCAUGGGAUGUAGAAGGAAAUGGAAGGUUGGAAUAUCCUAUCCUGUGAAUAGAAAGUAGGAUUCAAUCCUGUAUUUUUGAAAACUAGUAGUUCUAUUCAAGUGCAGAAGUAUAACAGUUAAAAUAUAAAUUAAGCCUGCAAUGGUAAACUUGGGCACUAGGUAGUAAAUCUCAUUGAAUACAAUGGGACUUAUGUCUGAGUAAACGUGCUUGGGAUUCUGUUGCAAAUGAGCAAAAUGAUUUCAAAGAAUGCAUCAGUAGGUCUUGAUCAGGUUACUCCAUUUCUCCAGUAUGGUGAUCUGAAUCCAGAUUUCUGCUAGUAAAAUUAUGAGCAUAGACUGUAUGAUUAUGGGUUUGGAACGACUCUUCAGUAUGGAUGAAAAAACUUUUGUCUAAAACUUAGAUUCUUUACACUAAAUAGGAAGACAGACAAGGAAAGACUAGUGAAGCAGAAAAUGUGUCGCAGUAACCUAGUUUUCAGAUCUCAGUAGGGUGGGUAGGAAACUCGUUAAACGUAGCUGAAAAUUGCACUAUGAACUUGUUGUAGCUAGCACUCUGAAUAUUUGUGGGCUUUGCUUCAUUUUAGUAAUGAAUUCUUAACUAAUGCAAGAAGAGUCCUAUUCACUUUACACUAGUGUGGUUGUGUAUAAUGGAUUGUGAUGAGCAUGUGAGGCAGAGCAAGAUAGCUUUGCCCUGCUUGUUCACAUAGGAUGCUCCUGCUUGUGAAACAACAGUCUUCUUUGGCUAUGCACUUGUCUCAUGUUUGCUUCUGCCUCUUUCCUUCUUCCCCUGAGUUGGCAAAGUUGAAUUGAAUAUUUUGGUAAAGAAUAUCAAAGCUUGAAUAGACUUGAAUUUUUGAGGAGGAUUCUGCUUUACUCAUGGAGAAAUUGUGAAGUUCAUGGCAGGAUGCAUUGUGUAGAUGUGGUAGUGCUUGCAGGCACUCAGCCUCAGUUGCUGGUGGAAAAAUGUCAAGAGUAAAAUAACUAAAAUAGGUUAAAAAACAACAACCUUGUGUCUAGCAUGAACGCUCAUGUUUGUAACUGCUUUUGGACUUUUGUGAAUGUAAGUAAAUCUUUCCAGUUCCUUAAUAAACUUUAUUGAAAAUACAUUCAGUCAUUGGGUUACAAGACUGAUUUUUAAAAAUUGCCCUUUAUUUUUUAAGAAAAUGUUGACUAAAAAGAAGAAGUUGUGCUUUCUGUCCAAUAUUUAAUAUUUUUUUCAUUAUAUCACCUCCAAGAGCGAUAUUUCCUGUAUGCAAAUUCACUUUUUCCUUGAAAUGUUCUGUCUUUUCUUUCUCAAUUUGUAAAGAAAGUUUUUUUUAUUGUGCAUUAAUAUUUCAUCAAGUGAUCUCAUGAAAUACUGAGGUCAUUGCAAAGUCCCUGCUAGAACAGUUUUUAUUAAGUAACAGUUAAAACAAAUUUGGAAUUACUUGGACUACUAGUAGAGGAAAGAAUUAAUUAAGGAUAGAUUCAGAUGAACAAGCAGGUGGGCCAUAGCAGCUUGAAACCCAACUCCACAGUGAUUGCUUGCUUCAAAUGGGGAGCUAUGUGUAGUGAUUUUCUGAAUGCACGUUUUAGCCUGUGCAGUAUUCCUGCAAAUCCAGGUGACUAGGAGUUAUGCUGAAGGGGAAGGUGGGGAAUGCCUUAAAAUCAGGUGAAGGCACCUUCUUUUUUACAUAAUUAUUAAUCCAAUCUUAUUUAGUGACUGUAUAUUACUGUGAACUGCUUACAACAAUUUAAAAUAAUUCGUAAAACGGUAUAAAAUAUUUUUAAAAUACAAAAGAAGUUGCUUCUGUCAGGUUUGGGGGGUUUCCCUAGUUUCUGCACUAUAGCCCACCCCAUUCAGCAGAGUUGCCCAACACUAUGUGGAGCAUUUUGGGGUGCUUAAGGGCUGACAUGGGGAGGAGGGAAUGGGGAAGUUAACUUGGUAAUUCUUGUGCUUAACUCUUGAUUCAGCACUGUAUAUUUGUUCUUUGGCUUAUAAGUAAACACAUGUCUAAUAGUCUAUGGCAAGUCCAAAUUGCCCUCAAGUGAUCAAGUAAAGAAGCUUUGAGUUUCCCUUUUUUCUUUUGGCCUACUCCCAAGUGAAAUAAUUUUCUAUUGAAUAUAUAUUGUAGGGUAACCUUGUAAAUGUUCUUACAGACUAGUAACUUUUGUGGACUUCUUUGCAGGCUUGUUCUUAUGCUUUCCGUGAGGUAGCUUGUUGUCAUUCUUUUCUAUGCACUUUUCUUGAGUUAAAUAGCAGUCAGUUGUUAAAACAGUAAAAAGAAAGCGAUGCAGCUAAAUGUGUAGCUGUAUAUCUUGGAAUAGGGUGGCAUCCCAUACAGUUAAAACUUGAAGACUUUUUUAUUACGGAGUAUUAUAUUUUUACAGGUGCUCCUGAUUAACGAACUUGAAUCAGCAAUGCAUCAGCUGUACAAACAGCGAGCUUCCCGCCUUGUCCAAAGACGACAAGAUGAUAUUAAAGAUGAAUCUUCGGAGUUUUCAAGCCAUUCAAGUCAGUCCAUCUUGAAGGUUUUUAUUAUUCAUUAAACAACCUUGCUUACAUAGUGCAGUUUUAAUUUAAAGUGAAACCAGAAAGCAUGUCUGGUUUAAAUCUGGUAGAAAAAAAAUCAGAUUAAAGAAUCUUAGCUCAGACUCUAUACAGUGCCUUUCUUGUUCUCUGUCUCAGUGAUUGAAAGCUAUAGCAUCUUGCUUCGAUCCCUUUUUACACGUUAGAUGUGUGUGUAACUGUAUGUUGUCUUUUCCUCACUUCCUGAAAGUAUUUUUUAGAAUGUUCUCUAAACCUAAAAAAACAUGUAGGCGAUUCUUAUCAAAGUUUAGCUUUUGAAUAAUAUUUAUUUCUGCAGCUUACAAAAAGCCCCCCACCCACCCAACACAAUCUAGGUACAGUUUGCCAUGCAUGCCUUCAUUACUUCUAACAUUAGACCAAAUAAUACUUGUGCUAACAUUCCUGUCUUAUAUGUAUUAGACAAUUUUGCUAGGACAAAUUUGUAAAAUAAAUUAUGCAAAAGUGAGUACUUAUAGUGAAAUCUUAUUCCCUCUUUGAUACCAAGCUGGUAGAUAAUAGGAAAAUUCAUUCAAAAAUUCUCUAGUUUUUGUUUUCAAAUGUUCAGUAUAUGACAACAAUCAGAUAUCAGAUUGUAGCCUACAACAGUACUAAUUGUCUUAAUACCAACUGAAAAUCUUGUCAGUUCCUGAUACUCUUCAGUAUUGUUCACCAAGAAUAGAAAUUUGAACUGUUUUAGAUGUACUAAAGGACUAUUUUUCUUUAUUUUUUGUAUGGAGAGGGGAAGGACUGUAGCUCAGUGACAGAGCAUCUACUUUGCAUGCAGAAGUCCCAGGUUCCAUCACUGGCAUCUCUAGGGAGAACUAAAAAUGUCCCCUGCUUGAAUCCCUGGAUAGCUGCUGCCAGUCACUACAUACAAUAUUGAGUUAGAUAGAACAAUGGUCUGACUCCAUAUAAAUGUUGAACACUAAUGUUUUUUUAAACAAUACAAACAGUUUUUUUAUGUUGUAAUUUUUUUAAGUGUUUACUGUUACUGAAGAGUUCUGAGUGAUAAGUUAAUUGUGACUCUUUUUUUUGCACAUAAUGAUGAAGGCACUCAAAUAUUUUACCCAAUUGGUAAUCGCUUCAGAAGAUAAUUCAGCCACCACCACUUUAUCUGUGCGGUGUGGGGGGGUAUAAUUGACAAACUUAUAGAUGUAUUUCAGAUUUAUAGGGACCCACUGAGAAAAAUCCCCGCUAAAAACACUGUCAUUAUUGUGCUUCCUGUAACUGGAGGGUGGGUGUUCUAAUUUCAGUGUUUGUACUCUCACAGGUAAAGCACUGAUGGCACCAAACCUUGAUUCUUUUGGACGAGACAGAACACUGUACCAAGAACAUGUUAAAAGGCGGACUGCAGAAAGAGAAGCAAGAAGGUACAACAGUAUUUAGGUUACAUCUAUAUUUACUGGAAUGCAUGUUCUGUAUGAUUGCUGUCUCUAUGUAGUAUACAGCCUGCAUAUUCAAGUGCUUGCAGAUAAAUGAUGGGCCACUCGCCUUGCAGGUAUAACAUUUCUUGAGUCUUACAUAGUGUGGCACAGUGGAGGUAGAGGCUGACUGCUAGAUAUAUGACAAAUCCCAAACUAAGGCGAAGGGGAAAGUAGCAAAAUAUUCAGGGCUGAGGUAGUAGUCAUCGAAUAACACAUGUCCUGUAACAUGUCAGAUGGCUCCAACUCUGCUUCAUUUCCUCUUGAAAUAAGGGAGAGCAGGAAAGAUGCAUCCCUCCUUAAAAUAACAAGUACCCUUUGUUUGGGAAAAGCUUGGUUUUCUAACUUCAGUGCAACAUGGUGUUCUGUUCAUUUUAAUAGGGCUCGUCGUAGACUUGCCAGAGAGCAAUCUGGGAAGAUGGCUGAUCACCUUGAAGGCCUUUCUAGUGAUGACGAAGAAACUUCAACAGAUACUACAAACUUCAAUAUGGAACGAGGUCAGAUUAUUUAUCUUAAUGUCAGAAGUCAAAGUAAUAUCUAAAUCCCAGUAUUCUGUAGAGAAAAUUUCAUUUGAUUAGAUUGUAUGACACUUUAAACCAUGCUCUAAGCAGCUUUAAAUGUGGAAUUAUUACCUCAUCUGUAGAAUGACAGAGGCCAAUGCUGCUCCCUGCCAUCAUCAGCCAUUCAUUUCAGGCAGCUGGAGAAGGAAUUCCAGCCCUAGUCUAACCCUUAUCUUACUAGCAAGGAGAACCUCCUGCUGUAAAACACACACACUCACUUUGCAGAAGUCAGGCUUCUUGGCUCAUACCAUGUUCCUCUUUAUUCUCUUUUGACUGCUGCUUUUCUCUGAAUAGUCAGGAUCAGGAAUUUCAUUGUAAGCCUCCUUCAGGAUGUGUUACAGACAAAAGACAGGGUGUAAGUUUCAUAAUUACAUGUAUUUCCUUUGAAGUGGAACUAUUCACAGGGGUUUUUUGCCGCAUGGAACUACUUCCAUGAUGCUGUGCUUUCAAGUGAUUAUCACCACGGGCACACUUUCGAAUUAAGUCAUGUACUUUCAUACAUUGAGGUAAACACUGUACAGUAGUUGUAAAACCAACUUCUUUCGAAAAAAUAACUUUGUUAUGCCAUUGCUAUAAAAAGGCAGAAUACAAACAAUAGAAAGGGCUAGAUUCAGAGUGAACUGUGUCACAGGGAUGGCAGAAGCUGACUUUGUCCCUUCCUCCCCUGGUAGUUCCCUGCUCCAGCACCCUCUGCUAAGGGUCUAGAUCCUGUUGAAAAAGGGGGAAAGGGAGGGAGCCCUAGAAAUUAGGAAAAGGCUACCUCCCCAUUUCCACUCAGCCACCACCAUAAUCCACCACCAUUUAGCAGGGUCCCAAGCCCCUCAGUGAGAGUAUUUGCAGAGGACAUAGGAGACUGCUAUGAGGAAGGAAGGGUAAGAAGGUUGGCUCUUUGUGCACAUUCAGCUCUGUAUCUGACCAAAGCGGUAUAGAUAUUAACAAUUUCUUUCUAGUAUAUUUGCUUGAAAGUUUGCCUGAAACUGCAUUGCAGAUAUAAAGCAGGAGAUUAAUUUAUGCUGUUUAAAAUACUGUUAUCCUAGAUCGCAUUUUGAAGGAGUCCAGCAAAGUUUUUGAAGAUGUGGUAGAAAACUUUUCAUCCAUUGACGCCAUUAAGUCGCAGUUUGAAGCAUGGCGUUUCAAGUAUUCGUCUUCUUACAAUGAUGCUUAUAUUGGCCUUUGUUUACCUAAGCUAUUAAAUCCUUUAAUAAGACUUCAGUUACUUACCUGGAACCCUUUGGAGGUGAGAGAAUGUUGAAACAUGCUCACUGUGUUCUGUUUGUUAAGGUAAAAUGGUUACAUAGAAGUGAUUAGAAGCCUGGGAUCUGAGGGCCUUACUGCGAGGAGUUACAAGGAGCCAGACAGAGGGUCUUCUCGGCAGUGGGGCCAUCCCUGUGGAACGGCCUCCUGUUAGAUAUCAAGAAGUUAAAUAACUAUACAACUUUUAGAAAACAUCUGAAUGCAGCCCUGUAUCAGCAGUUUUUAAAGUUUAAUGUUUUAUUAUGUUUUUAUAUGUGUUGGAAGCCACCUUGGGUCAUAAAUGUCCAAAUGGUGGGCCUGAACUACAGAAACUAGCUGCUUUGUCAGCCUGCUGCGACACUAUAUUGAUGGCAUUGCAGUGCAGAACAGUGGCUUCUACAACUUGAUCAGCCUUGACGCAGUAGUUUGCAAAUAGGUGACUGAAAAAAACAUGCUGACAUCAGUGCCAGUGCAGCCUCAGAAAAUAUGAUGUGCUCCUGGCACUACAAGGACAUUCUGAAAAGGAGGCACCUAGCCUAAAUGUUUGUACUAACAUAUUGAUAGAGUGUUCACACUUGAUUAGUAUUUUGUUUUAAAAACCAUAUUUAUAGUGGCAAUGUUUUAUUUUAAUAGGAUAAGUGCCAAGACUUUGAGAGUAUGCUGUGGUUUGAAUCUUUGCUAUUUUAUGGAUGUGAAGAAUAUGACCAAGAGAAAGAUGAUGCUGAUGUUUCACUAUUGCCUACUAUUGUGGAAAGAGUGGUUCUGCCUAAAUUAACAGGUACUUUAUAAACAUACAGUCAUUUUAAAAGCACAACAGUUUCUAAUUUUUUAGCAACAUCAUCUUAACACUUAGUUCUGAGAAGUAAUAAUUCUUUUUUGUUGUUGUUAGUACUUGCUGAAAAUGUAUGGGACCCUUUUUCUACAACACAGACAUCUAGGAUGGUAGCCAUUACCCAGAAACUAGUAAAUGGUUAUCCAUCAGUGGUACAUGCAGAAAACAAAAACACACAGGUAAAAAAUAUUCUUUUAUCUUUUUGUAGGACUGGACUGCUAUGUCUGGUUGCUACUGUUAAGACAUUUGCUCAUGUUAAAUUAAUUUUAAAAUAGAAAUAAUUGUAGUUCCCUUGUGUUAUGUAACUGGUAACUAUUUAGGGAUUGGUGUGUCACAGUAAUAUGUGUUGCUGGAAUGAUGAAAAUCUGUAAACAAACAAUAAAUGUCCAUAAAAAUGGCAAAAGUAGUUUCUGUCCAUCGUCCUCUCUUUAUGCUCCUCCCGAUGGAAACAUGCAGAUGGGGACAGAUAUACCCCUGCUUUAAGUCGUUUACUUAAAUACACUCUGUAUACACUCUUACUGUAUACACUCUUGUAUACAGUGGUACCUCCGGUUGCGGACAGGAUCCGUUCCGGAGCUCCGGUCGGAUCCCAAGGUUUCCGCAACUGGAGGGACCGCUUCUGCACAUGCGGCAGCAGACCGCUUCUGUGCAUGUACAGAAAUGGUAGACCGCUUCUGCGCAUGUGCGCAGUGCAGUAGACAGCUUCUGCGCAUGUGUGCUCUGUGAAACACUUCCGGGUUUGCCACUUUUGCAACCUGAAGUUUACGUUACCAGAGGUGCUACUGUAUUAUUUACUACAAAGCUCAAUGACUACGCUCUUUAGUGUUGAAAUGCCGGAUUAUCAGAACAACGUCCAAGCACUGAACCACUGGCAUUUUAAAAGUGAACUCUUCAUUUACUGCAUUUGCAAUUGUUUAAGAUAAAACCUAUUUUGGAAAUAAACUACUUUUGCCAUUUUCAUGGACGUUUAUUGUUUGUUUACAGAUAGUUACCUUGGUAAUAUUAUCUUGUGUUGAUUGCAGUAGUCAUUGUAUCACUACUCUGUUCAUUGCUUUAUUGGAAUGAUGAAGAUAGCAGACUGCAAAUGAGAGUUGCAGAACUCCUAAGAGAGUUUACAAAGGUCCCUGAUGGAAUAUUUCAUAUAACACCAGGAGAGGUUAUAUUUAUAUCACUACUGUGCCCAUGGCUUAAUGCUGCCCACUAAGUUAAACUCUCUGAAUUGUGAUCAUUUCCAAAAUAUCUGCUACUCCUUCUUCAGAAACACCUAAUCAAACGUAGCUUAGAAAUUGCCAGUCAUAUUCCAGAUUUGAAUAGAUGAGUCUGCUUUUAAAGAAAACUAAAAACUUAUUUAUCCCCUCUUUUAACUGAAAAUCUGUUGUCUCCAGGAGGCUGCAGCAAGAGGCAGAGAAGCACAAUUAGAUGAACAAAAUCCUCUCGCAGUCAAUUGCAUCCAGACCACUGUUUUUAGUGACUUUUAUGGAACUUGUUUCUAGGACAUGCUGAAAACAAAUCCUGUCCUUGUAGAAAAGAUCUUCAGGGACCACCUGAAGACCCUGUUUUGCAUACACUAAUUCAGUGCCUCCCAUUUUUUUCAUAAUUUAGUGUCUCCCAUUUCUGCUAACUUGCAUAAUUCAAAUUAAUGGAAAAUAUAAAGUUGAUAAAAAUAAUCUGGUAUCAUGACAGACUUCUCUAGCACUAGUAUCUACUGGGAUAUUUGGUUAGAUUUGUGCUAAAAAGAAAUUUAAAAAAUAUUUCACACUUACGUUAAAUUUUAACUCUUUCAGACAUUACUAAAAGGUCUCUUGCUUAGAAUGAGGAGAACAUUAGAUGAUGAUGUAUUCAUGCCACUUUAUCCCAAAAGGUAAGAUUAUUGGUUUGCAGAAUCUUUUAGUAUUAUGACAAAAUCACAUCAACAGUUCACAUCAUCUAUACUACUGAAGUUUAAAUAAAACUUUUAUUUUUCAGUGUCUUAGAAAACAAGAACUCUGGUCCUUAUUUGUUUUUCCAGCGGCAGUUUUGGUCUUCAGUGAAGGUGAGCUAGCAAACAGAUGAAGUUUUAGACUUAGGAGCGCUACUGAAGUUUACUUUUGAUAACUGGUAACUGACUCUGAGUGUGAAGUGAAUUUGCUUGUGGAAGAAAGUAGGCAUUCUGACUCCAAACCCAGCAUUGCUGCAUUUGUGACCUUAGCUCAGGGUCACCAACCUUUUUGGGCCCCCGAGCACAUUUCAAACCAGCAAAAUUGUGGGCAGCGCACACACCUGCAACCAUGUAUACACCACAACCUGUUCUGCGUAUAGUAGAAUUAUUUUAAAUCUAACUUUGGGGAGGGCAUAUGUGUGCUCAUGGGUCCUGUUUUGGACACUUGUCUUAGAUUAUCAUGGUGCAUGGCUGUCUCGUUGCAUAUGUUGGAUUCCAAAGGCUGUGUGUAUGGAAGACCACAUACGCACUAUUCUCUAAAGCCUGUGCUCUCAAAACUCCUUAGACCACACAGCCUCCCACAGGCCACAUCCGCAAGUGCCUUUGCCGGUCUAGUAUGUGUCCUUGAACUGUCAUGAUGUCUCUUGCUUGUCUGGAAGGAAGAUGGAGAGGAGUGUGUGGGGUGUGUGUGUGUGUGUAAGUUCUGACAUUUGUGUGGGUGGAUUGUGACCUACUGUAUAAAGGUAAGAGUCUCACCCAUUGUGCUGCUCACUUUUGUACCUGUCCCCAUCCACUACUGAUAAACAGCACCUGCAAGGUUACCUGUAACAGAAUGCAGCCCUUUGGCAUAAAAGGUGUCGUCAUCCCCCCCCCCCCCCGCCCCAUGCUUAUUGUAGCUUCCAUCAUCCCUGAUCAUUGACCAUGCUGACUUGGGCUUAUGGGAGUUGAAGUCCAACAUCUGGAGGGCCACACAUACUCCAUCCCUGUUGUAUAUUUAAAGUUACUGUAUAUACGUGGUAGCACAAGUGCAUUUUUGAAAGUGCUAAUGUUACAUGUAGUUUUUAACUAUGAAUUAUUUAUACAGUUAAAGGAAAUAAAUUUUUGAGUGUUCUGAAUCUGAAACAUCAAUAACCGUUUAUAAUAAGAAAUUUGAAAUUCAUGAGGCAUAAAAAUCCAGGGAACUGUUUGUUACUAAAUUUCCUAGAUCCAUUUUCAUCAGGGUUGAGGCCCAGUUUUGGCACAGAAACUGCUUUGUCCUGUAUGAUUACCUAUGUUAGGGGAAAUGUGUCCUUGUUAAUUUUCCUUGACCUCUCAGUGGUUUUUGAUACCAUUGACCCUGGUAUCCUGAAGUGGCUGGCUGAGUUGAGGGUAGGUGGCACCGCUUUGUGGUGGUUUCAGUCCUACUUGGAUGAUGGUUUCCAGAGAGUGAUGCUUGAGGAGCGCUUUUCAGCCCCAUGAGCCUUCCAUGUUGGGUUCCUCGGGGUUCAGUUUUAUUCCCCAUGCUGUUUAACAUCUACAUGAAACCACUGAGUGGGGACAUCUGGAGUUUUGGAGUACAUUGUCAGCAAUACCACAGACAGCUCUAUUCCUUUAAACCUGCAAGUGUGGGAGUGGAUGUGCUGGACUGUUGUCUUGCCUCAAUAAUGGACUGGAUGAAAGCCAAUCAAAUGAAGCUCAGUCCGGCUAAGAUUGAGGCACUUUUAGUGGGUGAUUCCUUAGACUGGAUGAAUGGGAGGUUCUGUCCUCUUGAUGGGGUUACACUCCCUCUGAAAGAGCAGGUACUUGGGCUUGGGAGUACUUCUAGGUCUUACUUUUUUUUUAGCUUUACUUCUGGAUCUAUUGCUGUCGUUUGAGGCUCAGGUGGCCUUGGUGGUGCAGAAUGCCUUCCAUCAACUUCAUUUUUUUAAAAAAAUAAUAUUUAUUGAUUUUCCAAACAUUUGAACACAAUAAAACAGAAAAAACGAAAAAGCAAAGAAAAAAAGAGAAAAAACAUAAGAUUAACAAAACAAGACGCAAACCAUUUAAAACACAAAACAAUUUCACUAUCUUAACUUUCAUUCCCUUAUUUCCACGACCUCCUCACGCCUCCCUUUCUGUAUUCCACUUCUAUUAAUUGUUUCAGCAAUUCCUUUCCAUCUUCCUCUGUUUUCUAUCCUAUAAUUAUCUUAACAUAUUCUAAUCUUAUUUUUCCCUUUAAUACUCUAUUUCUAUUUAUACUUACCGUAUUUUUUGCUCUAUAAGACUCACUUUUUCCCUCCUAAAAAGUAAGGGGUAACGUGUGUGCGUCUUAUGGAGUGAAUGCAGGCUGCGCAGCUAUCCCAGAAGCCAGAACAGCAAGAGGGAUCGCUGCUUUCGCUGUGCAGCGAUCCCUCUUGUUCUGGCUUCUGAGAUUCAGAAUAUUUUUUUUCUUGUUUUCCUCCUCCCAAAACUAGGUGCCUCUUAUGGUCUGGUGCAUCUUAUAGAGCGAAAAAUACGGUAAUUCCUUAUAACAUUUCUACUAAAGCCAUAUAACUUCAUUCCAACAUUUUUCUAACAUUCAUUAUUUUUACAAUAUUUCUAUACAUAGUCUUAAACUUUUUCCAGUUUUCUUCCACCGACUCUUCUCCUUGGUCUCAGAUUUCUGCCAGUCGUUUCCGUCAAUUCCAUAUAGUCCAUCAACUUCAUCUGCCAUUCUUCCCGGAUAGAUAAAUCUUGUGUCUUCCAGUACUUCACAAUGAGUAUUCUUGCUGCUAUUGUUGCAUACAUGAGACAAAUUCUAUCCUUCUUUAACACCAAUUGACCGACCAUGCCCAGGAGAAAGGCCUCUGGUUUCUUCAAAAGGGUAUAUUUAAAUACCUUUUUCAUUUCGUUAUGAAUCAUCUCCCAGAGUGUCUUAAUCCUUGGGCAUGUCCACCAAAGGUGAACUCUAAUCCUCAAAUUCGUCUGUUUUUCCUUAAAUUCAGUCAUAGCGAACGUCAACUUAUGUUCAUCAAAUUGCCUCUGUAGGGCUGGGGCUCUCUUUCUCUUUCUCUCCAGUUGUGUUUCUGUACCUUCAACAGCAACAGCUUUUUCCUUGACUUCCUCCACAGCUUGCCAUAUCAAAAUAGGUUCUUGUAUCAAUUUCUGGGUGGUUUCUGUAUUGGUAUUGUCCAUACUCCCUGCAUUCAAGUCAACCUCAACAAUUGAAACAUCCACCUUCGCAUUUAUCAUGUCCAUUUUCCUGUGAAGCUGAUCCAAUGAGUCAUUUAUCUUAUAUAAUGCUGCCACCAAAGCCUCUUCUGUCGACAUUCCUCUUAGUUUCAAAUAUACUAGUACAGAGACAGCAACAAAAAGAACAGGAGGGCAUAAUAAUAGACCUCUCCUGGAUUGUUACCAAGUCCUCCCAGACCUUAAUGUUUUAUCAACAGUUGACUGGUCUGUUUUUCCUCUUCCAUUUACCAUAACAUUUGAAAGAUUCAAGGUCAGUCCCAGAGUCUCACGGUUUUUAACUUGCAGCUGGAAAUUCCCCUAGUCCAACUCUUGUAAAUCAACCAGUUUCAAAGGCUUCCACUAGGGGGAAACAGUUUCUAUUUGUAAAAGUCAAUAGUAUCCUCUUUUAAACAAUCCAAAGUUAGUUUCAAAUUAGUUUCAAUUUUCAGUUACUUUUACUCCUUUUUAAAGCAGCCGGAAACAGUAGAAACAAUGUAUUUCUCUUAUUUAGCUAGCUGUCAAUGAACGUUCUAAGCGCUGUCAAUGAACAUUCCAAAAAACGUCAGUUUUACUAGCAGCCCGUUUCCAGGGUCAGAGCGGCGGUGUUUUAAGCCUCUUCGCUCUCUCCCGCAGGCAUACUCAGUCCGCAACUUCCCCCUCUCUUCUCCUGCCUCCAAGAGGGGGUUUAAUGUUCUUUACCGUUGGAAAUUUGAUCUUUUACAAAAGACCUUUCAAGACUCCAGCUUGCAACUUCAUUGCCUCAGUCUAUUUACAAAAAGGGAAGGCGGACUUCCUGUUUUGAACCUCCCCGUUACGAUACCAAAUUAAACUUUUAGAAAUCCAAUUCUUCCAUUUCAGCUCUACUCACGGGUAAUUACUUUAAAGUCAAAUUGUCCACAGGAAAAGGUCAGCGCUCUCCGGCAACAGCUAUGCGGCUUCGCUCCGUGGAAGAAGCAGAUGAUUCGAUGUACCGCGCCGCUCACCCCAUGUCACUCCGGAGCCCCGAAAACCGGGGUUCCCCGUGAGUGGGGGAGGCGCAAAAGGUGCCCACCGAAUCCCACGUUCACAGGCUUCUCCCGCCUGUGAUUUUAACGGGUCUCCGCCUUCGCCGUGGUGGCCAGACCCAGAUUUCCACAGAGCAGAUUCCUCCCGGUCAGAGGAAUUCUGCCAUUACCGGAGGCGCCUCCCCCGGAAGUCUCGCCUUCCAUCAACUUCAGUUGGUGGCCCAGCUGUGCCCCUAUCUGGCAGGGAUAGCCUAAUCGUCUCUGCUCUGAUAACCUCUAUGUUAGAUUACUGCAAUGCUAUACAUGGGGCUGCCUCUGAAGAUGGUUCAGAAACUUCAGCUGGUGUAGAAUUCAGUGGCCAGGUUGCUUACUGGGGCAAGAUGGGUUGAGCAUAUAAUACCAAUCCUGACCCGACUCCAGUGGCUGCCAGUUAGUUUCCAGGCCUAAUUCAAAGUCCUGAAUUAUUAUAGCAUGUAUUCUCACUCUGGAAUCAAAUUUAUUUCUGUAGCUGGUCAGUCAUUGUGGCUGCCACAUAGAGAAUUUUGGCCACUUUUCUGAUGGCAGCAGUACUUAAUAUUUCAUGUUUUGUGGUUUAUAGGUUCCCAUAAAAGUACAUAUCGCUUGAGAAAAGAAGAAUGCGUAACUUUUUCUAAUGGAAAUCAGUAGUAUCCAGGCUUAAUUUUGACUGAUUUGUACUACAGAAAUGUUAGGUUUGGUUAUUUGUCCCUUCAGGCUAGAACAAAUUCCUGCUCCAGUAAGAGAGCUAGCAGUCCUCUUUAAUAACACACCAUACCCCUUUGCAGAAAAUAUGGAUACUUAUGGCUCAUAUAAUUCAGAUUUAAAUUCCGUAUUUAAAAUGGAAAUGUUUUCAUUCAUUGAUAAUUAUCUGCAUAUGUAAAAGAUGUAUAUUUUAAUAGUUCUGCUUUUUAUAUUCAACUUUUUAUUAUCUGUGUUCAGUUAUUAGGAAACUUUCUGCAGUGGCAUGGAAUCCUUUCCAACAAAACCUUACAAGAGUUAUCAAUAGAUGGAUUGCUAAAUAGAUACAUUCUUAUGGCUUUCCAGAAUUCUGAGUAUGGAGAUGAUAGCAUUAAGAAAGCUCAAAGUGUAAGUAAAAGUGUAACUUUUAAUCGUUCAUUUAUAUUGCUAAGCAUCCUUUUUAAGUGACCUGAUUUGCAUGUUCACAUGAAAUCAUGAUUUAAAGUAAACUGUGACUUAACAUGAAGGAUCAGCAUCCUAGUACACACUGCUCAAAAGUUCAUGCAGUCUUGUUGCUGCUGUGUCACAAACAAAAGAAGCCGAAAUCCGUUCUGUCAUGUCACCUGAAGCCAGACUCAUCGUUUGUUUUUAUCCAUAUAAAGCAUAAACAUUACCCAUGGUUUGUUCUUGGCUGACCACCUGUGGUUUGUUUUUCCCAGUUGCCUGAGUCAUAGUUCAGACAGCACAACAAACCAGCUGUGAUAUGGCAGAAGCAGGGAGGAGCUUUUCUGGAGCUUUACAGCAAUGUGCACUAGAACAAUAUUUGAUCGCAUUAAACCAUAGUUUGUUUACAUAUGAUGUGUGAACCAGGCCGGUAUACUGCAAAUGUAUUAUGAUGCUGUGCUGUGUAAUGGCUAGAAAGUUGGGUAUAAAAGUGAACAACAGUCCACACUGAAAUCUCGGUUCAGCCCUGAAGCCUGCUUUAGUGACCUAAGCCAAGUCACUAUCUUUUCUGAAAUAUUUACAUAGCACUGUUUUGCAAAAAAAAUUAGAGAACUCCACAUAUCCUGCUUUCUUGACUUAGUGAAAGGAUAGUACAGCAAAAAGCUUACCACACCAGCCAGCCACAGAAACUGCCAGGUUUUAUUUCUAAUUUUUUUAUGUUAAUGUUUUCUUAUAUUAUCACUUACACAGAGAUCACUUGACAAUCAUAAGACUUUGGGUUUGUCCAUGUUUUGGGUAAAAUAAAUAAAUUGAUAUCAAAGGAUAUCAAAGUUUUUUAUUGACAGUUGCUGAAAGGUGAUAUGAAAUAUUUUAAUUAAAUCGUGAAUCUGGCCAAGGACUUGUUAAUAUUUUUGUACAAUAUGAAUGCAUAUUAGGUGCUUUUAUGAAUAAUAAUAAACAAUGAUAAAAAUCAUGAUAAUGAAACCAGCCAAAAUGGUAGAGGUUCACAUAUAUAUUGCCUUUCAGAGUAAGCUCUUUAAAGGCAGAUUCCUAUAGCACAGAUGAAAUUCAGCAAACCAGCAACUAAAACACAAAAACAGCAAAGUCAAAAACAACAGACUCAGUAAUUGCUGCUUCAACCUUAUACUCUAAGCCACUCUUUUCUUCUCAAUUCUAUAGGUAAUCAGUUGUUUCCCUAAACAGUGGUUCACUAAUCUUAAAGGAAGUAAGACAAUAUCACAUCUAGAAAACCUCUGUAGAUAUCUUGUUCAUCUUGCUGAUACAGUAUACAGAAAUAGCAUUGGAAGCUCUGAUGUAGAAAAAAGAAAUGCAAGGUAACCUAACUUUAACACUGUUUCAGUUUAAAAAGUAGUGAUUGUUUUUAUUGUAUUAUUUUAGGUAUUUAUUUACCGUUUGUUAAUUUUAUCACAAAUUUCAAGAUGGCUUUAUAAAAUAUAAUCAGGAUUCAAAAAGCCAUAAACUAAGCUUUGCAGGAGUCUUUCCCCAUACAUCCCAUAAACUGUUGUUAAGUUGAGGGGGUUGGUUUAGGAUGACUGCAGGGGUGGGGGGUGGGGAAUCUGAAGAAUCCUUUUAAGUAUGAGAGUAUUUUAGAUUGGUACAUGAGACUUUUUGGAUCUUAACAAAUAUUAUUGUAAUGAAAAUUAGCAUGUGUAUAGUAUAUUUAAUUUAAAAAUCACAAACAGCUUGAUACACAAAACAUAAGAGUCUUCCUACUGUUUGUGUGUACCAGUACAGCAUCCUGGUUUAUUCAGUACCUCAUCUUUGCAUAUCAGACAGUUGAGUUUUACUGCAGAUUAUUUAUUAAUCUCCUUUUACAUGUUUUAAGACGAUUUACAAAUAAACUAUAAAACAGGUAAACAGUACCAAAAUAUGUCCUAAAGGUACAUUAAAAACAAUACAGAAUGAACACCUAAGGCAGAGACCUUUUCAUAAACUGCUUAGAGGUUUUAUUUACAGUUGGGUGCUAUAAUAUUUUUUUUAAAAAAUAAAAAUAAAAAUCCAGGUGGAAAAGUUUGUCAAAACAGUAUCUUCAAUUGUUUCUGAAAAGUACAGAUGGUAAGUUGCAAAAAGCACUAACUAAAGUUCUUCCCUCUCUUCCUAGGGAGAAUAUAAAACAGAUAAUAAAACUUCUAUCAAGUAUUCGAGCACUGGACCAUGCUGCAACAGUUGCAAAUGAUCAUAAUGUGAAAGAGUUAAAAAAUUUAAGUGAAGGGAAAUAA